AUGAUCAGCAAAAGUGUGAAGGUUGUCGAGAGAGCGAAUACUGCUUUGCAAGGAUCUCCUCAGACUCAGAGUAUUGCUAAAAUAACGAUAGAAAGCAUCAAUUUGAAAGUGCCACAUCUCACACCCAACGAUGACAUAAAGUUGCAGUUGUUGACACGUAUCAAAGCAGAUGAGUCUAUGAUGAUACCGUUUCGCCGAUGGGAAUUGCACGAGCUACCAGCACUCACACAAGGAUCUACCAUAGAAAUCUGGUCCGUCAAGACAUGUUCUGCAUUGGACAGUCCAAGAUAUGUUAUAGUAUUUUUCCAAACGAAAAAAGCCGAUAAUUUGCAUGAAGACGUCACCUUGUUCGAUAAUGCCAACAUCAAAUCCAUACGAUUGGCUCUGAAUAGCGACUAUUAUCCGCAAGAACGAAUGCUAUUGGACUUUUCCCGAGACCAAUAUGCCGACGCCCACUUCAACUAUACAGAGUUCAACAAGAGCUACCAUAACUGUCAAGAAAAGCGCUCUCUAGUAAACUUUGCCGAAUUCAAAUCCCGACCAAUGUUUGUUAUCGAUUGCUCGAGGCGCCAUCUGGGUCUAAAGUCGUCCACAGUUGACAUAAAAAUGCACUUAUCGAAAAAAGCAGAUCAGGAUCACUUCGACGAUGAGAAACUCGAUGACUACGAAACAAGAAAUUCGAAAUCAGGCGGUCUUAUGGAAUCAAGUCCCUAUUAUAAAAAAUUCUCGCAGAUAACCAAUUCAAUCAAAUUGGAUAAUUCAACAGGAGCCGAGGACAAUCCAUUUCAUAAUGAUGCGUUCAUGGAUUUGAUAUUAUAUAAGUAUUUACCUCUCUGCUCACUUUGGAGUGCUCUCAUGUUGACAGAUGAACGUUCUGUGAGCAAUUCAGUGGUCGAAAACUAUUUUGAGCAAUUCAAAAGAAUUAGAUUAGGUGGUUCGAGGAAUUUAAGGUGUUCUCAGUUUGUACGAAAAUUGAGAGAAGAUGUUGUAUCCCUUAAAAUCGAAGGCUGCUUAGAUAUUGGCAAGAGUCGAUUGACAAUAGGGGACCCAUUUGAUGAGAAAUUAUCGAAAGAAGAAUGGAAUAAAAAACCAAACAAACAUACGAGUACCCAUUUUGAAGGUAGAUUCCUCAAGAUAGUGAAGAAGGAGAAGGAUAAAUUAUUCAAUACCAACAUGAUUUUUCCGGAAGAUGAUGAUGAAUUACCAUUUUGUGCUUACUGUGGUCAUGGAAUUGUCGAUGAAUGUACUGCCUGGGUGAAAUGCGAUGAAUGUGAAAAGUGGAUUCACCAAAUGUUAUCAAUGGACAGUAGCCCAUCAGUUUUAUCGAGAACCCGCUUUGUACCUCUCAAAUUGGAAUCAAUCAACCUAGGAGAUACAAAUAAUAUACAGAGCGCUCUGGAUCUCCAACUUCAAGCUAUCAGUGAAAUCCAAUCAGAUAGUACCAUCCAUUACGAUAAAAUCAGCAUUUGGACCAUUAUUCUAUACGUUGGGAUGAUAAUGCUGAUAGUUUACGUUAUUUACAAGAAUCGUAACUUGUUCAGUAACCUCCGAAAAACUCCCGAAAACAUAAGCCCACCAUCAAAUGACCAGGAACCGAAGGCCAAAGAAAAGAGGAACCCUGUAGUACCAAAACCAAGGAUAGUUGUCUGA